AUGCUCAAUGCCCCUUCGGGUCCGAUUCGUGAGAUCUGUAACAAUCUGCAGACCAAGCUCAAUGUGAUUUCCUGGCGGCAUGCAGCAAUUGCCAUCUCCCGGGCACACCUGCAGUGUGGUGGGUUCAAGCGUGACUACAGUGCCGAUGAUGGGCUGAUCGACCAGCAAGCCGGCCAUGGGUCCUGGGCUGCUGGGACGGUGUAUGCCCGGGGGCUGCAGGAGGCACCUGGCCAUAUCCAGGCACGGCGGGUGCAAUACCGGGCCAUCAGUCGGGAGUGGCAUGCCUUCCUAGGGUUUCAGGUAUCACUAGGCCCGCGGAAGCGGGGCUGGGGGAGGGAAAAGGGGAGGAGCCAGCAGCAAAGCGGCAGCGGCAGCAGCAGCCGGUUACCCGUCCAUGGCCGACAGCAAGUGUUGGGCUUCAUUGCACGCACACAGGCCACCCAGGCCGGACAGGGCAUGCAGGAGUGGUGUGGCCCACUGCCCGUGUAUGGGAUGACCGCGCGGCAGCAGCGGAAGUGGCAGAUCUUGUGGCAGCUUGCCAUGCCCACCAUGGCGAGGCCCCAACAGGCGCCCCAUCGAGCCCGGGCUCGGGCGGUCCAUAUGUUCCCCGGGGCCGGUCGGAUCCUAGAACAGGGUGGGAACCCCGGCAGUUAUCGGGCCACAGAGGGGCGUGGGGUGAGCCCCGGAGAUCAGCCCACAGCCGGGCAUGGGGUGAGCCCCGAGCAUGUGGAAGAAGCAGAGGAGACUGGCAAUGCAGGCAGCACCGAGCCGGCAUGGAUGAUGAGCCCAAUGGAGCGUGCCUGCUUGGAGUUUUGCAUUGAGCUGCUCAACCAGCGCCACCGUGCCCAUGAAUAUGAAAGCCCCCUUUUACCCCCCAUUUUAUCGCGGAUGAUCAAGCUUGCGCGGUUCAUGGUGGUGCAGAAGGCACUGUGGUUGGAUCCCCAUGUGGGGGACAUUAUUCAGAUGUGGCAGGCACAGGCUAGCACGGCGAAUGGCACAGUGAAUGGCACAGUGAAUGGCACAGUGAAUGGCACACCGGCUAGCCCAAUAGCAUGGCCGUUGGCCAGUGCAGAUGCCCAACUGGCCGAUAUCGAUGAGGGCUGUGAUAGUGCCAGUCCCACACGCCACACCCCCACCACGGUGCACGAUCGCCCGUCAUUUCAUGACCAUGUGCAGCAGAUGGUCAGCCGCUUCAUGAUCCGUGGCACCCAUGGGCCCAUGCAGACAUUGCUCGACUGGCGCACAUAUGGGUUGAAGAUCCAUUACAAUAGCACGGCGCCGGGCCAUGUGGCGUGGAUGGGAGCCGAUGAGCUGUUGUACAAGGAUCUGCAUUUCACGAUGGGUGAAUUCCGUGGGUUCAUCCACGGGUUGGUUGGGGCCACACGGGAGCUGCUGUGUGAACUAUUAUGUAUUGCCGAUGGUUCCAGCAGCGCCCACACCCCAAGCACCAUGCCGCUGCCCGCCAUCCCGUGGCAGGGCUUGUAUGAUGAUCCCACCCAGGGGCACCCGGGCUGGAACUUUUUGCACGAUCGCCGAACCCGGUGGCCCGUGGAUGGCCGGUGGUGGAUGAUCCAGCGGCUGCGCACAGAGCGCCCCGUGCAGCAGCAAUUCAUGCGCCGGGGGGCGAUCCACGGCCCAUUGGUGGCACAGUAUCUGGCCCGGGUGGCCCGGUUCAAGGAGAAACUGGCCGUGGCCAUCCAUAUGACGGCGGGGCAGCCGGCACGGGCCCCCGAGCUGCUCAGUGUGCAGUAUGUCAACACGCCGAACAACCAAUUCCGCAAUGUGUUCAUUGAGGAUGGGAUGGUGACACUGGUGACUGCAUACCACAAGGGCUUCCAUGCGAGCAACGACAGCAAGCUGAUCCACCGGUAUGUGCCACGGGCGGUCGGGGAGUUGGUGGUGUGGUAUAUGUGGCUGGCGAUGCCAUUCAUUGGCCAGUUGACAGCGUGGCAGGCCGGCACUGCGCAUGGCACGGUGAAUGGCACAUCGAAUGGUAUGUCAAAUGGCACAUCGAACGGCACAUGGAAUGGUAUGUCGAAUGGCACAUCGAAUGGUAUGUCGAAUGGCACAUCGAACGGCACAUUGAAUGGCACACGAGCCGGCACGGUGAAUGGCACGGUGAAUGGUACAGUGAAUGGCAUGUCGAACGGCACAUCGAACGGCACAUUGAACAGCACAUUGAACAGCACAUGGAAUGGCACACAAGCCGGCACAUUGAAUGGCACACUGAAUGGCACGGCGAACGGCAUACUGAAUGGCACACUGAUUGGCACACAAGCCGGCACGGCGAAUGGCACACGAGCCAGCACGGUGAAUGGCACAUCAAACAGCACAUUGAACGGCACAUGGAAUGGCACACGAGCCGGCACGGUCAAUGGCACACUGAAUGGCAGGGCGAACGGCACACUGAAUGGCACAUCAAACGGCACAGCAAAUGGCAUAUCAAACGACACACUGAAUGGCACAUCGAACAGCACAUUGAACGGCACAUCGAACAGCAUGUUGAACGGCACAACAAACAGCAUACCGAUUGGCACACGAGCUGGCACAGUGAAUGGCACAUCGAACAGCACAUUGAACGGCACAUGGAAUGGCACACCAAAUGGUACGCACAUCGAACAGCACACCGAUUGGCACACCGAUUGGCACACAGGCCGGCACAUCAAAUGCCAUGUCGAAUGGCACAACGAUUGGCACACCGAAUGGCACGGCGAACGGCACACUGAAUGGCACAUUGAUUGGCACGUCGAACGGCACACCGGCAUGGCAGCCCCCCAGCCCAUAUUUAUGGGGCCCCGACCCGGGCAUGCAGCGGCCAUGGACCCCGAGCGAUUCCGGGAGGUGUUGAAGCGGGAGACCCAGGCCCGGCUCGGCCAGGCAUUGAAUAUUCCGGCGUACCGGGACAUUGCCAUUGGCAUCAGCCGGCGGUUCCUGCGGGCAUCCAGCACAUUCACCAGUGACCGCCAGGAUGAAACGGAGCAGGCGGCGGCAUUGGAUGCUGACUGUGAGGACGGCAUGGAUGCGGACCAGUGGAUGGCGCAUAUGACGGAUUUACAGGCGGGCCAUUCAUCGCACGUGGCGGGGAUGGUAUAUGGGCGGCAGCUGAUGGAGCAGGCGGGCACAACAAGCCACCGGCGGGCAAUGUUCCGGCAGUCCAGUGUGGAUUGGCACCAGUUUCUGGGGUUCGGCUGCGGCACGGGGGUUCCAGGAGAUGUCCAUGCCGACAUUGAUGCCGGUGGGCUUCGGGCUGGCUUGGUGGAUGAAGGCAGCUGUCCAAGCCGCCGUCCCGGUCAGGAACAGGUUAGGGCUCGCUUGGUGGAUGAUCCCGGUCAGGAAUGGGUUAGGGCUUGCUUGGUGGAUGAUCCCGGUCAGGAAUGGGUUAGGGCUUGCUUGGUGAAUGAUCCCGGUCAGGAACGGGUUAGGGCUCGCUUGGUGAGUGAUCCCAGUCAGGAAGGGGUUAGGGCUCGCUUGGUGGAUGAAGGCAACCGUCCAAUUCACCAUCCCGGUCAGGAACGGGUUAGGGCUCGCUUGGUGGAUGAAGGUAGCUGUCCAAUUCACCAUCCCGGUCAGGAACGGGUUAGGGCUUGCUUGGUGAAUGAUCCCGGUCAGGAACGGGUUAGGGCUCGCCCCGUGCUUGGGAAACGCAAGCGGGCCCCAUGGCAGGUGGAGGCUGAGGAGCACCACAUGGAGCGGCGCCACCAGCUGCAGACCAUGGACAUGGCCGCUGCGCUGCAGCAGAUGACCGGUCAGGCCGGCAUGCAGUUCCAGGGCAUCCAGGCACCCGCCAUGGCGGCGAUCCAGCAGGGCAAGAGCCCCGUGGUGGCAGUCAUGCCCACCGGCGGUGGGAAAAGCAUGUUAUUCAUGUUGCCCGCGUGGGCCGUCCCCGGGGGCACCACCAUUGUGGUGGUGCCAUUGAUCUCGCUGCGGCAGGAUAUGCAGCAGCGGUGCCGGCGGCUAGGCAUCCCAUGUAUGGCAUGGGACCGGCAGCAGCCAUGUGAUGAAGCAGCCAUUGUGCUGGUCACACCGGAAUCGGCUGUCACCCCCGAUUUCCAUUCAUUCAUCAACCGGUUGGUGGUGAUGCAGCGGCUGGACCGGGUGGUGAUUGAUGAAUGCCACAUCAUUAUGAACCAGCAGAAGAACUUCCGGUCCGCCAUGGCACAGCUUGGGAAGCUCGUUCGGGCCCGUACACAGAUGGUGUUUUUAACGGCCACAUUGCCCCCGAGAUGGAACCGGAGUUCAGCCAGCGCAUUCACCACCCACAGGAUCAGAUCGAUAUAUAUCGGGCCCGCACGAGCCGCGGCAAUGUGGCAUAUGGGGUGUGGCGGCCACCGAUUCCACACACUGCACCACAUGGAUAUGGAUGGGAGCAGGAUGCCUGGAUUAUUCAGUUCCUGCAGGCGCAGCUCCAGUGGGCCCGGGCCCGGGGGGGGAAGAUGGUGA